AUGUACUGAAAGACUUGACUGCACGCACAUACUACUUUGCUGUACUGUGCUGUACUUGCUUUGUACAAUUAAUUACUGCACUGUCCUCUAGCUGUACUCGUACUACUGGUCUACUAUAAUACUAUACUCUCUGCUACUAACUCUCUACUACUCUCUACUACUCUACUACUACUCUACUACUACUACUAUACUACUACUAGUACUCCGAAAAGUAAACCCAACCUCCUAUCCCGAAAAAGCCCUUUAGUUUACCAUUAUUAUUUCCCAAUAUUAUCUCAAUAUCUCCCCAUUAUAUCUCUCGUCUCGGAAUCAGAUUUGUUGAUUAUCGAGCGAUUGUUACUAAAAACUACCUUACCUACACUACUGUUACUACUACUACCCACCUAUCCACCACCCAAAAAACUCCGUCCGAGCUUCUGGACGCACUACUGCAUUGCUCUUAUCCCAUCACCCCCCAAGCUACCACCACUACUACUGCGACUACUGCGACUACUCCGACUACACCUGAAUUCUACUUCCUUCCUUCCGCCGCCGUCGCUCUUCCCUGAAUUUCCCUUCCCGCACGAGACUGCAUUGGAAGGAACGUACUGUUGUAGAAGCUUGGCCCAUCUCGAUCUCUCUCAGACAAUUAAUAGCCGCAGCAAGCCAGCAGUACCACCAAGCAGCAACCAACCCAAAGCCCGUGCAAAAACCUGUCUCCUGUCUCUUGCCCCACCAUUACUCGUCCUUGAAAGAAGCUCGUCCCGCCGAUAAACUUCCCCACAGUCGAGAUACAUGAACAUCUAGCGAAGCAGCAUUGCAGAACGACAACACCUCUACAAUAUGUCGGGAAAGAUGAUCCUGUACAAGCUGGUGGUGCUUGGAGAUGGUGGUGUUGGCAAGACCGCUUUAACGAUACAGCUAUGCCUCCAGCAUUUCGUCGAGACCUACGACCCGACAAUUGAGGACUCCUAUCGCAAACAAGUCGUCAUAGACGGGCAAUCCUGCAUGCUCGAGGUCCUCGACACAGCCGGCCAGGAGGAAUACACUGCCCUCCGUGACCAGUGGAUCCGCGACGGCGAAGGCUUCGUCCUCGUCUACUCCAUCUCCUCGCGCUCCUCAUUCACCCGCAUCCAGCGAUUCCACCACCAGAUCCAGCGCGUCAAGGAAGCCUCUCCGCCCUCAUACCCCGGGUCCUUCUCCGCGCCCUCCGGCCCCCCCGGCGCCGUCCCCAUCAUGCUCGUAGGCAACAAGGCAGACCGCGUGACGGAGCGCGAAGUCUCGACGCAGGAGGGCCACGCGCUCGCCCGCGAGCUGGGCUGCGAGUUCGUCGAGGCCUCGGCGAAGAAUUGCAUCAACGUCGAGAAGGCCUUCUACGACGUCGUGCGCCUGCUCCGCCGACAACGGCAGCAGAGCCUGCGCGCGACGCCGAACGCGAGGGGCGCAGGUGCUGCGCUCGGCGAGGCGCCGCGCGGCGAUAGGCCUCCGAGGAACCACAGGGAGGAUAGGCAAAAGGCCAAGAAGUGUGUUAUUUUAUGAGCGGCCUCCUCCUGUCCCGUCUAGCGACAGGAAUGCCGAGCAGGCCCCGCGCUGGGCUGUGCCAUGACCGUUAUGACUUCUAUCCUCUUAUCCUACAUCGAUUGCGCGAGCGACGCCGCUCCUCCGAAGCGGCAUGGUCCCCGGGAGUGCGUCGUUUGUUAUCAUCAUCAUCUAUCUACAGAAACCCCAGCUUUGAGCAGCAGGUGUUUGUUACCCGAAUUCGUCUUUUCAUCAGACGUACGUUGUUGUGUAAACGUAUGUCCGCCGUCAUCACAUCACAUCUUCACGCACGUCAUGUCAUUCGCAUUGUUCUUGUUCCGCUCUUCUCUCCCAACGGCGAACGGAGUAUCAAAAGAGG